AAGGCAUGGUCAAGUAUCAUAGAUAUAAGGUUUGCUCAAAGAGUAGCGCAAAACAUGUAAUUGUACAGAACUGCUCAAUUAAAUACACUUAGGCUUAAUGUUUUAAUGUCAACUAUGUUAACAGCUAGCUGGAAAGCUAACCAGCAUCACGCAAUUUGGUAGUGCUGUGCUUUGUACUCGUGAAACAAUCACAACCGGGAUAAUGGGAUCCAAUACUUACAGCCUGAUAUAUCAGCUCUCUAAGCAGUGCAGUUUGCAGAACCUGUGAGUCUUCAACUCCAGUAAGAUACCAGUCCAUGCGCAAAUUAAGGGUUCCACAGUUGGUUUCUCCUGAUAAUUCAAACAGGUGAUUUCAGCACCUUCUAGCAAAGCAGCCAAGUCUUUCCCUUGACCUCCAUAUAUUUACAUAAUGAGUGAACAGAAGAACCAUGGAGAAGGUGCCUCAAACAGACUCUCUAACAGGGACACUAUUGAGCUACCUGAUGACCUCUCCUUGAGUGACUCUGACCCAGAAGAGUCCAUUGAGCCCAUCGGUGGAAGGGUUGAGGACUUGUCCUCUUCUUCAGAUGAAGAUGAAGAACCCCAACGCAGCACCCCAGCCAUCCAGGGAAAGCCCACCUUCACGCUGAGAGGCGGCAGCACUGGCUUCUCUGACCGCAGCAAAAACAUCUUCGAACAUCUGGAAAGUGCUGCAAAGCUCACAUCCAAUCAGCUGGGCGAAGACAACGUCCUUGAUGGCACCUUCGCCCGUCCCGCUCCACCUUCUCCUCCUCCCAUGGCUGGAGGGAAAAGCGGAGGAUCCCAGAACAAGAAACAGCCUCCGGCCAAAAGCGUCCCAGACUACGUAGCGCACCCUGAGCGCUGGACGCGAUAUAGCUUAGAAGACGUGCCCGAGAUAAACGACAGAAAGAACAGCCAGUUAGCCCUGCAGUACAUACAGGACCUUCAGGCCAGGAGAAGAUCCCAAGAAACCACGUCUGAAUCGUUCACCCCAAGCUAUAACCAGGACCAUGGCAGCAGUAGCGAGAACAAAAUCCUGUUCACCAAACCCAGCCAGACCACCAAAGAGGAGAGCACCGGUGGUCAAGCGUUCUCCAGAGAUAAGAAAAGAGAGGUUGGUCUGUUCCACCUGGAGGACAGACAGGACGAGGAGGAUGGAGAAAGAACAGGCCUGUCCCAUCUGCGCUAUACAUUGGAGGCUAGGAACAUGACGAAGAGGAAGUGGGUUGAGGAGGAGAUGGAAGCAGCUGAGGGGGAUGGGAAGCCAUCCCACGUCGCUUUCCAUAGCAGUAGGAAAGUUAAUCGUAAGAACUUCCGCAGGACAGCUGAAGAAGAUGAGGAAGAUUGAUCUAUUGACAUGAAAUUCUCUUUAUUCCUUUUGUUCAUAUCCUGACUGAGACUAGCUUUGUUCAGGCUAAAAUGAAGAGAAGCACAGAAAAGUAUAUUAUGCGUUCUCUGAUGUUUGAUAGCAGCUCCUAAAGCUGUCCUAGUAGCAUUUUUUAGUGGAACAUUUCCAUGUGUGCCAUCUGCUGUGUUCAGUAAUGUUCAGUCCUAUACUUCCUCUUGGUCAUUUACAUUGUAAUGACCGUUAUAAGAUACAAUAUAUAUGUAUUACGUAGAUUCUCCCUUGUGGGUUUUGUUUUUGAAUGUAUCAUAUUCAUCAUGUAAUGUGGAUGGAAGAAUAAUGUAAAAGACGUAGAAAUAAAAGAUGG